AUGGAGACGAAACUGCCUGAAAGUCCAGAAACGACUCCUUUUUCAACCUUACAGAGAGCGAUCGCUAUACUGCUUCAAAAUGCGUCGGCCGUAGAGGGUCUCUUCACGGUUCCGGUAUCGGAAGAGGCGGCUUCAAAGGCUUGGGCGAGCGUUUUUGCGAAGGAUCCAGUUGAACCUGAUCACAACAUGAAGGAGAUGGAGCUCCAUCAUCUGGCGGCAGCCAUACUUUUAGAGCUGAAGAGGCUCGACGGGUCCCUCUUGACAAAUGAACUACACAACCGCUUCGUUGCAGCUGCAGCCAUAUCCAACAGAUACUCGCAGAUCUACGUGUUUCGCCUUCUGCUGGGAAAUCUUCCACCAACGAAUUAUUCUGUUCUGAAGAAUCUAUCGUUGCUGUUGCGGUGUACGACUUUCAGAAAUACGCCCAAGGUUUCCGAGCAAGUCAUUGUGACUUUUGGGCGCCUCCUGAUGAGACACAGAGACGGCGUACUGUUUGUGCAUAGGCAGUUGACAGCAGCAGAUGCCGGAACCCUCAUCACUGUUGUUCUCAUCGAGGAGUGGAACUAUCUGUUUCAAUACGGUCGGGUCUCUUUUAAUAACUCUCCUGCGAAGGUCAACACGGAUCCUACUAUUCCCACAUCUGAUGUCAGAUACGUAUAG